UUCAGCAUAGGUUGUAGAUUCGCAAUCGUACCGAGCUUUAUGUCGGUUCCUUGGUAGCGCUUUCAAUGUGUUUUACUCCGUACGGUGAAUUUACACCGCUGGUAAAUUGCAAUCGUUCCUAUGUUUUGUUUGUUUCUUAUUGAUUCGACAACACCGUAAAAUCCUCGGUUAUUUCUCUUACUCCGCGGCCAGUGUUUAUAACUUUGAAUUUGUCAGAGAAUUCAAAAAUUAUUUUUAUUCGGUUUCAGUGCAAAUAAAGAACACAUUUUUUAAUUAUGUGCUUCAAAAUAUUAUUAUCUCACUUUGUUUUGUUUCUACAAUUUUAUCGCGUAAUACUACUAAUUUUGAAUAAUUCUCUAAAUAUGAGAAAUUAAUGUAUAUUUUAGCUGUAAAUUGUCAACAAUUCGCUAUUUGUUUGAUUUUGUAUUUAUUUGAAAUCUUUUCUUCAACUUAGGUGAAAAAAUUUGAGUUAUUUAUUAUCUAAACAUUUGUCUGAGAAAGCUUUUCUUGGCGAUGAGAGCUUAUUUGUUAGUGACCAUCGUUGAGUAUUAUUUGAAUACAAAUAAGCAAUAUACCAUAAAUUGGCACGUAAAAUAAUAAAAAUUGCAUUGCAACUACUGAGAGAAACAUGUGCGAUCUUGUCUCUUAUCGAUGAAAUAGCUAACGCAUACUUCAAAACCUAGAUUGUUAGUUUAUUUUGUUGAUGUUCCGUAUGACUUUAAUUCUUCGAAUAAUAAGAAGACCUCUAUCCUUAUCUUGAAUUAUUGAAUAAAUAAACUAAAGUAUUGGAUGCUUUCUGAAAUACUUUGUCUGACGCAAUGUCAGAUUCAGACUUAAUGGAUUCAAAAGCCGAUGUUUGUGGAGGAGCAUCAAGUUCAAGUGGAAGUUCGGUGUCACCGCGUACACCUCCCAAUUGCGCUCGUUGCAAGAAUCAUGGUUUGAAAAUAAAUCUUAAGGGACAUAAAAGAUACUGCAAGUAUAGAUGUUGCAAUUGUGAAAAAUGUCGUUUAACCUCGGAUCGACAGAAAAUAAUGGCACUGCAAACAUCCUGGCGUCGGGCACAGGCUCAGGAUGAAGCUAGAAGCCUAUUAAUGGGUGAGGUACCGCCUAUUCGACCCGUGUCUUCAUUUUUGCACCAUCACUUAAAUCAGCAACAAAUAAAUAAAAUUGAAGGUGAACAUAGCAAAGAUCGCUCGGAACCUGCUCCACCACAACCAUCGUUAGAAGGAUCAUGCGAUUCAUCCUCAUCACCUUCCUCACCUUCAGGAGUUGCAACAUCAACGAUAUUGAGAAAGCUUACACCAAUCCAAGCAAAUGGUUCUCAUAUGCCGUUCGGUCAAAGUGCUGAAGUUUUUUUGGAAUAUUGUCAAAAACUUUUAGAGAAAUUUCGUUAUCCAUGGGAAAUGAUGCCACUUAUGUAUGUGAUACUCAAAGAUGCCAAGGCUGAUAUAGAAGAAGCUUCUAGACGAAUUGAUGAAGGACAACUUGUAGUGAAUAAUUACUCCCGGCAGCACAAUUUGAACAUAUAUGAUGGUGCAGAGUUGCGUGGCACAACACGUCAGUGUGGAUGAUAAUGCAAAGAAAUAAUAGUUAACACUUUUUGAGCCCUUGAUAGACUUAUUUGAUUGCUAGUAUUAGUAUUCUAUUUUUUUACUAACUCAAUUUAUCUACAGCUCUCUUUGAAGUUAGAAGAACAGUAUUUAAAUUUCUUUACAUAAAUAACUUUUAAUAAAUGCUUAAUUUUGAAGCGAUAAAUAUUUAAUAACUCAACUUAAUUCCAUGACUUAAGAAGGGGAUUAUUUGAACUUCAAUCAACAUCUUGAACACUUUCUGCAAUCAACAUAACAGAACAUAACAUCUUAUUAUUUUUAAUGUGUUUAUUGAUACACAAUUUGGAAAAAAUACAUCGACAUAAAUCGAUCAUAAAGCAGAAGUUGCUGCAUUUAAAAACGAGUCUAGGUGGUUUGAGAUUGCCUGAGUUUCAUUCAUUUGCAUUACCAGCAACUGUUUAAAUAAAGUCACCUUUCGUGCUGGACCAGUGGGCUGAUGUAAUUACUCAAGCUUCGACCAUGCUUCCAAUGAGGUUUCGCAAUUUUGUAUGUGAUUGAAAGCUAGCCUCGCCUAUAACCUUUGUUAGAACAAAUAAAACAAAGCAGGUGAUUCUUCGUGAACUGUUUAAUUAAGAGGCUAUCGAGAGACUAAAAAAUUAUAAGGAACCGAAAGCAAAAAAAAACGAAAAAGAUGGAGAGCUAUUUUUUGGAGAAGGUUGUUUCCUUUCUGGAACAGACAAAAAAACCAGCCAGGAAAAAGAUGAAGCUACCAUCUAAAGUGGAUCAUGGGCUGUAGGAUUUCGUAAAAUGGACGUGCGGCAAAAACUGUUUGCCAAACGAUUGAUCGACGAUGCCAUUCUUCAAGGGCAACUUGGAAAUUUAAGUUCCAGAAGUUUUGUUAGCCUAGAAAGGCAAUCACUUAUUCAUUACAUACAUCCCAGCAUCUGUUAUAGCCAUUCCAACUCCCAUCACCCUAUAACAACAAGUACUCAGGACCACGUUUUCCAUUAUCCCCAGCACCGUAUCAUUAUCCCCAGCUCAUAGACUCAAAUAUUCACAUAAUUUCAAACGAAAUAAUUCAGUCGCCAAUACAAAAACUAUUGAACGAUCCAGAAUAUCAGGAUUAUGACUAAGACAUAUGUGUGUAUGUACAUACAUAUAUGUUUCAAUUAUAAUUCUGAUAUUCUUGAUCGUUCAAUAGUUAGAUAUAUAUAUAGAUGUAAAACAAAUAUAUGUAUGCAAUAAUAUUUUGUAAUACUCACCUACAUAUAAGAUAUAUAUAUAGAUGUAAAACAAAUAUAUGUAUGUAAUAAUAUUUUGUUAUACUCACCUACAUAAGUAAGAAACUCAUAUGUAAUACUUACCUUAAUAAAUGGUUUUAAUGCUGAAAUAA